AUGGUACUUUUGGAAACGAAAAUCAGUGAAGUCAAAGUUGAGACUAGAAUUAAGCAACUAGGGUUCAGUAACCACUUUCGUCAAGAUGCAGUGGGAUUUUCUGGGGGCAUAUGGCUCCUGCGGGAUGAGGUUGGCACUUCUAUCCAGGUUCUUCAUUCCCAGCACCAACUGGUGCAUGUCAAAGCGAAGCACAAGGCCUCCACUGUGGAGGAGACAGUUACGUUCGUUUAUGCGAACCCACAUAGGCUGGAAACACAAGUCUUGUGGGAUGAUCUUUGCAGCAUCGCUUCUACUAUCUCUUCUGACGCAUGGAUGGUCCUUGGUGACUUCAAUGACAUGCACCUGCCGAAUGAGAAGUAUGGAGGAGGAGAGUUCUGUUGGAAUAGUGUGAAUGCUUUCAAACAGUGUUUGGAGUCCUGCUACAUCAAUGAUUUGGGAUUCAAGGGUCCUAAAUUCACCUGGAAGAGGAAUAAUCUGCAAGAAAGACUCGAUAGAGUCUCUGUGAAUGAGAGGUGGAAUGUCACCUGGCCGGAUAGGGAAGUUGUCCAUCUUCCUUACUACUCCUCAGACCAUCGUCCCAUCCUUCUUGGGAACCCAAGCAUUAUUAACCAGGAUGAGAGUAAAUCGUUUAAGUUUUUGGCCUCUUGGCUAACUGAUGAUAGCUUCGAAGGUAUUGUUGUCAGUGCUGGAACCAAUCCACCAGUUGGAUAG